AUGACCGAGCGUCGAGUGAACGCCGCGCAGGACGCGGUCAUUAAGGUGCUGGUAUUGGGUGAUGCCGCAACAGGAAAGACGAGCAUCAUCAAGCGAUAUGUACAUGACGCCUUCUCGGAGCACCAUCGCACUACGAUCGGCGUGGACUUUGCACUUAAGGCAGUCACGGUCAGCGGUACGACAGUGCGUCUGCAGCUGUGGGACAUCGCCGGACAGGAGCACUUUCGCGCGCUCAACCGAGUGUACUACAAGGAUGCACUAGGAGCACUGCUGGUCUACGAUAUGUCGCGUCCAGAGACGUUUGACAGCAUCAUGAAGUGGAAGAAGGAGAUUGACUCCAAGGUGGAGCUGCCGAAUGGAAAGCCGCUGCCGGUUAUUUUGUGUGGCAACAAGUGCGACUUGAAAGAAGAUGUGGAUCGGGACUUCUUGGACGAGUUCUGCAAUACGAACAACUUCACGGGCUGGUUCGACACAUCCGCCAAGGAGAACAUUCACAUUGACGAUGCCGCCAAGGCGUUGGUGACGGGCAUUCUGGAGCACAAGGACAUUUUCAAGCGGAAGUCCGAGGCCAAGAAACGCAACGACACUUUCCGCCCCACGAGUGCUGCCAACAGUGGCAACGCAAACCAAUCCAGUUGGUGCUGCAACAGCUUCUAA